AAUCCAUAUUUAAAAGCAAAAUUUUUGGGCAAAACUGUUAUUCGUUUAUCGUUCUCCGAAGAAGCCAAACAAGUCAAUUCUUAUACAUAUCAAGCUUGUAAAAGUAAUUUUAUUCAUCUUAAAAUGGUCGAUAAAGUUCAGAUUUUUUUCGUUCUCUUGGUUCUUGUUGGUCCAUCAUUUUGUGGUUACUUUUCCCCUCCACUCAACUUUCCAGGAUCGUUUCAAAUUCCGUCACCCAAAUCGUUUCUCUCCAAAUUUGGACCUCCUGUUCGCACCUAUACUACUUAUCAUAGCCACUUGACUCCAGGGAUGCACUCAUCACCAGGGAUUCAUUCGUACUUAGGAUCACAACAGCAGCCACCGACAUCACCAUACCACUCUCUUCAUUCGCUUCAUGGCUACCAAAAUGGCUACCAAAAUGGCUAUCCAAAUGGCUAUCCAAAUCGACCAUAUCUUUGA